CGUUUGUAAACAUCAGAAUAGGAUGACAUCCCGAGCCAGCAACACUGGAGCUUUUUAUUCGUUUCCCUCGGGGGAUUUUGUCUUAUCUUUAUCAAAAGCUCUGCAUAAAAACGGAACGGCUUUUUGGUGGCUCUCCGCUGCAAACAGUCGAGGCGAACUGUGUCCCACGCCACGGAAUUCUCCUUCGUUUCUUAUCUGAUGAGCAGAGAGAGGCAGACGAGCACGUUUUGGAUUAAAAACAAUAAACAAAGAGAAAACCAGCUAAUACACUGCAUCAGUAGCUAGACGAUUAAUCUGCCUAUUUCUACCCGACAAACUCUGCAGCAACAAUGACUGAGAAGAAAAGGAAGCGAUCUGUGUCUGUUGAGUCAUCGAGUGAGACUCCAAGCAGUUCACAGAUGAGUACCACUCCCAGCAUGAGUGAGAGUGACAGAUCCAAGUUUGAGCCCCUCGGCUUUGAAAGUUCACAGUCUACGGGACCUGGAUCUGCAGCGCCGAGCGAUAUUUCUUUAAAGAGUGACAGAUCCAAGUUUGAGCCACUUGGUUUUAAGACACAAAGUUCACAGUCGACGGCUUCGUCUGAGUCCAUGUCAUUGAAGAGUGACAGAUCCAAGUUUGAGCCACUCGGUUUUAAGACACAAAGACCAGUAACUGAGAAGCCAUCCACCUGUCCAGUUUGCAAAGAUGUUAUGAAGAAUCCAGUUCAGCUUAGCUGUGAACACUGGUGCUGCAAACUGUGUCUCAGCUCAGACCUGGAUGAGUCUGAUUCAACAGCAGACUGUCUUUGUCCUCAGUGUGGGAAGAAAUCCAGAAAAACAUUAAAACAAGAGACAGACACAAAAACACAUAUUGGUAAAAUUGAUCUUUUGGAGACAAAGAAGAAAUUAAAAGAAGCAAUGAAAGAGACAUUUUCCUCAGUCUCUGAAGGUAAUGGUGACAAGCUGAGUUCACUGAACAACAUCUACACAGAGCUUCAUAUAACCACUGGAGAGAGUGAAAGGUCACAUGAAGAGCAUGAAGCCAGGCUGCUCAAACGUAAACUGAUAAGACACCGUUCAGAACAACAAAUAAUAAAUCUAAAUGAUGUGUUGAAACCGUUGCCUGGUCAAGACAAACCUCACAGAACAGUUGUGACAAAGGGCGUUGCAGGAAUUGGAAAAUCAUUUUCUGUGCAGAAAUUCAUUCUUGACUGGGCCGAAGAGAAGGAAAACCAGGAUGUAGACUUUGUUUUCAGUCUUGCUUUCAGAGAGCUGAAUUUGAUUAAAGGAGAGAAAAGCCUACAUGAGCUCCUGACUUUAUUUCACCCCACACUGUCUGAACUCAAAGAUUCAGUGGAUUAUACCAAAACCAAGAUUGUUCUGAUCCUGGAUGGUCUGGAUGAAAGCAGGUUUCAGCUGGACUUUGAAGGCUUUAGGACUAUAACAUCUGUCAAGGAAGUAACAUCUGUGAGUAAUCUCCUAGCAAACCUCAUCCAGGGUAAGCUUCUUCCUGAAGCAAAGCUCUGGAUUACUUCCCGUCCAGCAGCAGCCAAUCAGAUCCCUGCAGAACAUGUUGACAUGGUGACAGAGAUAAGAGGGUUCAAUGAUCCUCAAAAAGCUGAAUACUUCAGGAGGAGAUUUAGUCAUGAUCCUGGUCUUGCUGAAAGGAUCAUUAAACAUAUUCAGUCUUCACAGAGUCUCGACAUCAUGUGUCAGAUCCCGAUCUUCUGCUGGAUUUCUGCAGUGUUAUUCCAGGAAGUCUUUGGAGGAGAAACUGAAACUGAAAUUCCUCAAACUCUUACAGAGAUGAUGUCAUACUUCCUGUUUGCACAAACAAAGCGUAGAAGCAGAAAAUAUGACAAGAAGGUUGAGACAAACAAAGAAAAGCUUCUGAAGACACACAAAGAAUUUCUUCUGAAACUCGGCAAGCUUGCAUUUGAGCAGCUGCUGAAGAACAACCUCAUCUUCUAUGAGGAAGACCUGGAAGGCUUUGGCAUUGACAUUAAAGAAGCAUCCAUCUACUCUGGAUUUUGCACCACAGUACUUCGGGAAGAAGAAAUCAUUUCCCAGAAAAAGGUUUUCUUCUUUGUACAUCUGACUGUGCAGGAGUUCUUUGCAGCUCUCCACGUCUAUCACUGUUUCAUAAAUAAUGAUACCAGACAGCUCAGCAGCUUCCUCGAUCUAAAGAGCCAAGAAUAUUCUUUACUUGAUCUGUUAAAGAUGACGGUUGAUAAAGUGCUGGAGAAGAAAAAUGGCCACCUGGACUUCUUCCUGAGAUUCCUUCUUGGCCUCCUGGUUGAACCCAAUCGCAGAGUCCUUCAGGUUCUGCUGGCUCCACCAGAUCAAAGUCAAGAUACUGACAAGAAAAUCUUGACUUACCUCAAGACUAUCAGAAGGAAGAACCUCUCUCCAGACAGCUGCAUCAACCUUUUCCAGACUAUGGUUGAGAUGAGAGAUCACAAAGUCAAAGAUGAGAUUCAGGAAUAUCUCAAACUGUCAGAUCGUUCAAAAACAGAGUUGACUCCCCUGCACUGCUCUGCACUGGCCUACAUGCUGCAGGUAUCGAAGAAUGAUUUGGAAGUCUUGGACUUAAAGAGUUACAACACAUCAGAUGAGGGCAGAUGGAGGCUGAUACCAGCAGUGAGAAGCAGCAGAACAGCCUUACUAGCAGACUGUAAAGUGACUGAAGAGUGGGUUGAACAUCUGGCCUUUGGUCUCACCUUCCCUUUCUCACCUCUACGACAUCUGGACCUGAGCAACAAUGACCUGAGAGAUUCAGGAGUGGAGCUGCUGUGUAAAGGACUGUCGAGUCAGUGCUGCAGACUGGAAACUCUGAGGUUAUCCGGUUGUCUGGUGACAGAAAAAGGCUGCGAGUCUCUGGUCUCAGCUCUAAAGUCAAACCCUUCACACCUGAAAGAGUUGGACCUGAGCUACAACGAUCCAGGAGAAACUGGAGCAAAGAAGCUCUCUGAGCUGAAGGAUGAUAAACAAUACCAGCUCAGCCAGCUCAAUUUAGAACAUGGUGGAAGUCACCGGAAGAAACCAGGGUUCAAGAAAUAUGCCUGUGAGCUCACUCUGAACUCCAGCACAUCUCACAAGAACCUGCUGCUCUCUGAAGGGAACAGAAAGGUGACCUGGGUGGAGGAGGAGCAGCCGUAUCCUGAUCACAGAGAGAGGUUUAAUCGCUGUCAGCAGGUGCUGUGUGAACAGGGACUACAAGGACGCUGUUACUUUGAGUUGGAGGUGUCAGGGCCCUUCUGUGUUGGGUUAACAUACAGAAACAUUGGCAGGAAAGGGGAUGUUGAUGCCUGCAAGCUGGGACACAAUGACAAGUCGUGGUGUCUGAUUUCUGCUGAUGAGGGUUUUUUUGUUCAGCACAACAAAGAGAAGGUCCAUGUAACUCCUCAGGCCUUGCGCUCUAGUCGGGUCGGGGUGUAUCUGGAUUCGGAGGCCAAAAGUUUGUCCUUUUACAGAGUUUCCUCUGACAGUAUCAUCCGCCUCCACACCUUCAAAACAACCUUCACUGAUCUCCUCUACCCUGCUGUUGCUCUUCACCCUCAGUCAUCUGUAUUGUUUUGUCAGGUAACAUAAAAACAUCUCUCACUGCAGGCAGGUUAACAGCCAAACGAGUAGAUUUUCACAGAAAUAGGAGCAAUUACUAUCUAUGACUAAACCUUAGUUAGUUAGUGAGUCCGCUCUAAACAUUGCUCCCAGUAAUCAUUUCUUUUCAGCAGGAGAAAAGUAGACAGAGAAAGACCUGAAAUCUAGAGAUGCAAAUAAAGAGGACCAACACACCAGCUUAAUGUAGGCCUGUUGAACCAGAACAUGGAGCCUAAAGCCGAAUUUAAACCACCAAAACUAUUCUGUAUUUAAAUAACCACUUUCAGAAACAGAAGCCCAAAACUUUCUUUUUAAAACUAAAAUCCAUUUUCCACACACACCCACAUAAUUAAGCUGCUUGGCAGCUUAAUUACUUAAUACUUAAUUUCUAGGUGAAACCUACAGAUUAGUGGGCAGGAUCACUGUUUGCUUUUAUAUUUAUAUGCUGAUGUAUCUGGUCUGUACCUUUUCCCAGGAACCAACAAACUCUGAGUUUAAAAAUAAACUCUUGAGUUUCCUUUUCCACAACAACCGAUCCGAGUUUAAUCAACUCUGAGUAUGUUCAGUCUGUUUUAAGCAUGUAAAGAAAGAAAGCCUUCUCAUGCUACAACUCACCAUGGCAACAAGUAAUAAACAAGGUCAGUGCUGAAGAUGAUGGUUAUCUAUAAAAACAGGAGAAGAAAAGAGUCAUUUUAAUCAACCUGAUCCCCUUUAUGCCAUUUUUUAUGAACAGAUUUUACUAUAGUUUACAGCCAUUUUACCAUUUAAAUAAUUAUUCACUAAAAAACAUGUAUUACUCAAUAUUACUCAAUAUAAAUGGUUAAUAUUUAAUAUUUCCAUUUAUAAUCUGAUGUAAUCUCAGCUUCACCAGAUGAUGACUCUCUUACAGUCACAGCAAAGAUGUUUUACUUACUUACUGUAAAUAAUCAGGUUUUACCUGAAAAAAUACAGGGCAGUUUUCCAAGUCUUUAAUGAAUGUAAAGUUUUAUCACUAAAGCAAACAUGUUCUAAGAAAUUUCACAGGUCUCAUACAUUUUUAAUAUUUCAGUAAAGCUUUACAAGGAUGCGCCAUUUUAAAUAAAUAUCUCAGGUCAUGUUGGAAAAAUUAGGCCAUUGUGAAUAAUGGAAAAUUAUUGGAAGGAAACUCAUAGUCUGACUGCAUUAUUGUUCACAGAGUCACAGAAUUAGAAAGAUGAAGACUAGAGACUUUUAUUCUGAGCUGAUAAUAAAUCGGUGAUGUAACUGCUGUUUCCAUCAUUGUAAAUAUGUUAUAUGUAAGUGAUGUUAGGUAUACAGAGAAAAAGUAAUGUGCAGUGAUGUCAGUGUUUGUAAAAAUGUAAACUUCUCAAAAUGAAGGAAUGAAUGAGAGUGUCAGUCAGCUGGUCUGGGCACAGUGUGAGGAAUCGGGAGAGAAAACCUGCCAACAAGCAGGUUUAGGAUUUUGGUGUUGGAGCUCAGCUACUUUUACUGAAAUGCUAUGCUUUGCGCUAAUCCUUGUACUUCAAUAAUACAUAAUAUGCAUAAAACCACAAACAGACCUGUCUUGGUGUUUGAGGUAUGCACUGCAGUGACAUUAUACAUGUGUGUUUGCUUGGAUUUUACCAACACAUUUGUAUUUUUGUAGUUUUGUUAGUUCAACUCUUUCAGCUCUGCACCUUUGUCAACCAGAUUUAUUGUAAAAGGUAUCAUUUGCAAAUCUUCUGGUUUCUUGUAUUAUGAGACAAUGUUGACAUGCACGUUAGUCCUGUCUUUGAAGUUUGAGUUUUUUUAUUAUAUAUAGAUGUAAACUACCAUGUAAGUACCUCUUUAGGUUGAUAAACCUGGGAGCUGUAAGAAGAGGUUUGUGUUGGCAGAUUUUUGUCUGUUCUCGGGAUCAAAUCAAGGAUAUUUAGGUGUAAACCAAAUGUGCGGUGAUAACGACAGAAAAGUGGAGCUGCGUAUAUGGAGGGGAGACAGACAGACAGAGACAGCAGGCAGUUUACUUCCCACUUAUUCUGUCUUUUACUUCAUUAUUGUUAACAAUAACAUUUAUUUGGCUGUUUUAAUGUGUACAAGUUGAAUGGGAAUUGUAAGCUAAGACUUUUAUUGGUUUUGUGGGGGGGGGUUUUGUUAAAGAAACUGGUCAGCAGUUUUUGUUGGGAACACACAACACCAGAAAAUGUGUGUUAAGACUUCACACUGAUAAAAAUGAUAGUAAAGUAAAAACAAGUAACACCUUGUUGAACUGGGGAAAAAGGGAGGUGGGUCUAAUGGGAAGUGUUUCUUAGAACAGCCCUGUAAUAAUAGACACAUUAUAUGACUGAAUAGAUUUAGCUUAGCACAUUAACAAAAGCUAUUAGAAGUUGAUGCUGACUGAAUAAUUAUUGUCUAUUAUUAUCCAAUUAAACAAAAGUAAACAAAAGUUGGAAGUAAAACCAAGUCAACAAACUUGAAAUAUAAGGCUCAGACCAAAAGUUUUAAAAAUGGCAGCAGCAAAAUAAAUCCAGGAGGUGUUUUCUAUGGGCGAUUAUAAAUAUCUCUCCAAAAAGCUUCUCCUAAAAUAAAAAUUUGAACCAUUAAAUUAAAUACCAAAGGUGUUCUUAUCCAAUGAGCCAUGCUGCUAAAAUGAUUAUUCGUGAAUUUAUCAUUUGCUUUGUCCACCAACAGUAUUUUGUGUGAUUUCUGUGUUUGUAACUAUUUUAGAAGUUCACUUUAAAGUUUUGUUGUUGCAUUUUGUUGUUUAGAGAUGAACUGUUUUCCACUGCGUGUGUUACAUCAUUAACUAUGUUUAACGGUAUAACGUCUAUAUGCACGUCAGCAAAAACAAGAAAUGUCUCCUAAGCACUUCUUAUCUACUUCAGCAGUGUUUGAAAUUUGCUACUUGUGGUCAAAAAUAAAAUGUUUCGUAAUGAGAUUUGAUAUAUUAACAGUAAAUAAGAUCCAGGUUUCGGCACUUUAAAGGCAGAAUGUGAGUGCUGAUUUGAUAGUUCAAGCUGUUCUCUCAGCAUGAAGUAAAAGUGGAACAGGCAGCGAGGUGACACACUCUUUAUGAGGAAGAAAUACUUUGGCAGCAUGCUGUUACAAUGGAUUACUCCGACCACUCAGGCCUGCAGAAAAAACUAAUUAUUAUAAAAACAGAUUAUUGACAAAAUAGUGAAAGGUAAAAUUUCAUAAAGUUAAUGAGGACUUCUCCAAAUGUGGACACAUGAUCUUUUCCCCCACCCACAUCAAUUAUAUUUGUAUGUUUUAUGACUGCAGGGAACAUGAUCUGCUUGCUGUCAGCUUCUGCUGCUCUGUGUAGAUUCAGCUGAGAUCGGUUUAGGAGAGAGAACCCAAAUGAUAUGAAAUCCUUUUCUUUAAAUGCUUCUUGAUCCACUUCUUCUUCAAAGAGUAGCUUUCGGUUUAAGUGUCUCUUUCUUUGUUAUUAUUAAAAGUAUGUAAAAUAAAUAUUUUUCCACAUUA